CAUAUCUCUUCUUUAUCUAUUAAAACUGAAAUAAGAAAUUCCAUAAAACAAACAAACGAAAUAAAUAUAUUUAUGAGAUUGUAUUUAAUUAAUUUAUCUGCAGGUGGACUGAGUACUCAGGUAUUGUCAGUUCCUGCGAUUUUUUCAAGCCAACUACCCGACUGUGUACUUAGGUAUUGUCAGUUCCUGCGAUUAUCUCAAGCCAACUACCCGACUGAGUACUUAGAUAUUGUCAGUCCCUGCGAGGACUGUCGGUUCCUGUGAUUAUCUCAGGCCAACUACCCGACUGAGUACAAAGACCAGUGAAAAAUGGCAACAGUAAGAAUAAAUAUGUCUAAACCAGAAGAAGAACUUGCGGACAAACCGUACAGAGAAAUGUCCUUCAUGGAAAGAGUUAAAAGUCGUCGCCAUAAAAGUCCAGAGAGUACCAAAGCUUUCAAACAAUUUUGUCGUAUUUUGUUUACGUUUCAGUCAACGACACAGUUGUACGUUUUCUUGGUGUAUAUUCUGCCUGGACUUUUUGAAGAUGGAUGGGCUCGGUAUUGUAUGAAAGUACUAGCAGUUUUUCUGUGCCUGGAAUGGUUAAUUAACUAUUUUUGCACAGUACUGUAUAGUACUGACUUUCAAAAGACUCGUGACAGUCCGACAGUUCACAUGAAAGAAAGGUGGAAAAAUCCACCGGAAUAUUUCGAAUCGUAUGCUUCCGAAAGUACUUUAUCCAAUGGACAUGCGACGGAAGUUAUGAAUAUUCAACACGACAACGGAGAACUACCUUGGACGUUUUGUGAAAAGUGUAAUAUAUAUAUACCACCUAGAACACACCACUGUGACAUUUGUAAAACAUGUAUUUUAAAACGUGACCACCAUUGUUACUUUGCUGGAACAUGUAUCGGUUUCAGAAAUCAACGUUAUUUUUAUGUUUGGGCAUUUUAUUCAAUUUGGGUUGGUUCUUUGGGUUUUUAUUUCACUGUACAAUAUUUGAAGGAGUUUUAUUUGCCAUACUCAUGGAUAGAUUUUAUUCCUGUCGUUGCAUUUUAUCGAUGGGUAUCUGGGACAGAGAAUAUAAGCUUUCAUAUAGUGUUGUUAAUUUUACAUUUAUAUCUUGAGUUGAUGUGUGCCAUAUUUGGAAUGAUAUAUUUUAGUGGACAAACCAUGUUCGUAGCCAGAAAUAUGACAAUGUUUGAAUAUGUAAAGAAAAUAAAAGUGAAAUCGAAGAACAGUUUCAACCAGAACUACCGUUCUGUAUUUGGAGAUUUCUGGGCUCUGAAUUUCUUGUUUCCAAUGACAAUUUUAUUCAAGCAAAGAGAAAAUGGCAUAACAUGGGAUGACUUAAAAAUUGAUUACAGCAGUAAUAAUGAAUAAUAAAUAAAGUUUCUUUUGACACCGUUUUUGAAAGAUGCUGAAUGUAUAUAUAACAAAA